AUGACAAUCCCAAAACUGAACAUCAACCCACCCCUCAUCAACACACCCUGCCCCGCGGCUACCACCCUCGACGACCUCCUCGCCCUCUGGAACUGUCCAUCCACCGGUGCCAUAACCACCCGCACCUCGCUCAUCUCCGGCUUCGACCAUGACGACUCUAAAAAUCUUUACGUCUUUUACGACUCCUCCUCCCAUGCCGUCUCUUCAACCACCAACCCUUCUCCUUCCCAGACUACUUCAACCCAAAACGCCACCCUAAACUCCCUUGGCUACAGCCCCAUUCACUUUACAACCUAUCUAACCUACAUCAACAUUGUUGUCGACCGCUAUUUGUCUCCCAACAGCCAUAGCAAAACAAUAAUCAUCUCCGUCACCGGCACUGCCUCAGAGGUAGCAAUGUGCUACAGCGCGAUUGCCCGUAUGCAAUCCAACAUCUCAUCAUCAUCAUCAUCAUCAUCAUCAUCAAACAUUUCUCUGGCGAUGGAAAUCAACCUCUCCUGCCCCAACAUCCCGCACCACCCUCCGCCCGCUUACUCCCGCGAGGCGCUGGCACGGUAUCUCGAUGAUCUCGCUGAGGCUAUCAGGUUCGACACGGUCCAUCGGGGUUUACCAAGAAUUCCCGUAGGGUUGAAGACGCCGCCGUAUACUUACGAGACGCAGUUCCUGGGGUUGAUGGAGGCGUUGGAGGCUUCGUCCACGAUACGAGCGGUGCAAGAGGAGGAGAAGGGGGAAGAUGAGGAGGAAGAGCAGGGAUGUCCAAUCACCUUCAUAACAGCCACCAACACCCUAGGCAACUGUCUCGCUUUUACUGGCGAUGGGUCAGAAGGAAAAGGGGCGUUACCAACGGAGUUAGGAACGGGAGGACUAGCCGGUGCCCCAUUACAUCCUUUGGCGCUGGGGAAUGUCAAGACUCUCAGAAAAAUGCUGGAUGAGAGGGAGGAGAAGUUGGGGCAUCGGGUGCAGAUCAUUGGUGUUGGAGGGGUGUUGGACACAGCAGGGUAUAAGAGGAUGAGGAAGGCGGGUGCGGACGUGGUCGGUUUGGCGAGCGGGUUGUUGUUGAAGGGGACGGAAGUGUUUGGGGAGAUUGAGAGGGGGUUGGGGGAGAGUGGGUGGUGA